UGCGUUUUUGCUUGCAUGCCACACAUCUAGUCCGGCCUCUCAAACCUUAUCUCGGGUUUCCCGGUAAGGCAAAGUAGUAGUGAGCAACUGAGCAUGUGAGCCGCGAACGCCUCCCGUCCGAAAUCCCAAUGCAGGGGCCCGUGACGCCGGCGAGGUCCGUCUCCACCGGAGAGACGCCGCUUCAACGGCCACCCGUCAUCCCCUCGCCGCCAUCCGCCUCAACGAGGACGAGGAGGCAGCUGCUCGCGUCCGCUGGCGGCCUGUUCCUCGUGGCCGCCGCGGGCAACAACAACAACGCUAGCAGGGGAGCGGCGUCCGCGGCCGGCCUCGACUACGACCCGGUGACGGAGGCGGAGCGCGCGGCGAGCGAGGCCGUGUCGCAGCGCGUCGGGGAGGCGGUCCGGCUGCUCGACGCCGGGCGGGAGCUGCAGGCGCGCGGCGAGUUCGCGGGGGCGCUGGCGUCCUUCACGGCGGUGGUGAGCGGGUACAAGGACCUGGCGCUGUCGGAGUACGCGCGGGUGGGGCGGGCGGUGGUGCUGUACGAGAUCGGCGACCGCGACGAGUCCAUCACGGAGAUGGAGGACGUGUCGGUGGCGCUCAAGGGGUACCCGGAGAUCCACGCGGCGCUGGCGGCGGCGCUCUACGCCGACAAGCACGCGCCCCUGCUGGCCGAGUUCCAGUUCAACAUCGCCACGCUGCUCGACCCGCACUACUCGGAUCUCGCCUACGUCAGGGACACCAAGCACUGGCCGCCCAGCCUCGUCGCCUCUCUCAAGAACUUCAUCACGCUCACCUAGCCUGCUCCUAGGUACUGCCACUGGAUAAUUCCUUGCUGAUCUUUUCCCAUCUCCUCUGUCAUACGGAGUAGUAUAUACGGAGAACUAAAUGGUACAGUACCCUCCAAUUCAAAAAAAGAAAAACUGUAUAAAAGAUUUGUUAUGUUUGAAAUUUGUAUGGCAAGCACUGAGGCACAUAUUGUUUGCCGAUACUAUUGCAAUUUUCCAGCACUA